GCGAUGAAUGCGAAUCAGAGUAGUAUGUUGAUACUACAAGAGACGAGCAUAGACGCAUCUGGUGCGGUUGUUGUGCACGCACCUGUAGAUAUCCCUGCUAUGCAUUCUGUGAUGAAGGGUGCAGAUUCGGCUUACGUGGCUUUGCUUCCUUCUGGGUUUGGUAUUCUCCCAGAUGGUCAAGGGAUGGAGGAAACCGGUUCGCUUCUCACUGUGGCCUUUCAGAUUUUGGUUAACUCUCUUCCUACGGCUAAGCUCAACGUGGAAUCAAUCGAGACCGUUAACAAUCUAAUAUCAUGCACCGUUCAGAAAAUCAGAGCCGCUCUUAGAUGUGAUAAAUAAUAGCUAUAAUGGGCUUUUUGGAGUCAAGAACGAACAAGUGCAUGUGGUAUUGGUCCAUUUGAUGGUUCGGGUAUUUGACUCACUAAUCUGUUAUUGUGUCUAUAUUUGGUGAUUAGGCUUCAAUAUUUUUGUCGGAGGUGCGAUAUAAAAAAUUUAUUUGCAACUA